AACAGUUCAGUUCUAAAGAGGACACAGGUUUCGAACGAAAUUGAUUGCAUAAUAUCGUGCGUACAAGAACCAUGUUGCAGAUCUCUGAACUAUAUGGAAAGAUUACCGAAAGGACACGCCAGUCUCUGUGAGAUGCUACACGAUGUCAUUUUUGAUACCUCAAGAGGGUUGCAAAAGAAUUCCUCUUAUGAUUAUGUUUUUUUCACUGCGCCACAGAAGGUAUACAAUGAACGAUGCACCGAAAAAGGAGAUUUUGAUCUCACAUUUGAAAGCGCUGAAAACUUUAUUCUACUUGAUCAAAAUGUGCCGAAGAUGUCCAACAUGACACUAAUGUUCUGGAUGAAUACGCUGAAAGCAGACGAAAUGACAGUUUUUUCCUACAGAACGAGGGAAGGUGCCGAAGAAUUUAUGCUUAAAAUGAAGAAAGAAAAGAUAAUCGUUGAAGUCCAAUCGCUUAAAAAGUAUUUCUUUAUUCCGCCAAUAAAUGACGGUUAUUGGCAUCACGUGGCGGUAACAUGGUCUCUUGGAAUAUACAGUGUUUCUCUUGAUGGUAUAUUAGUGUACAGUGGUGAUGGUCUUUCUUCUGGCCAACCGUUGAAAGCUGAUGGUGUCUUUGUCAUCGAGAGUUCAUACUCGGGCAAAUUGAGUCAAUUAAAUGUAUGGAGUGAUUUAAAGUCCACUACUGCGGAUCUCGAUAUAAAUUCCAAUCCACAAAGCUGUUUAACUGACGAAGUUGGAAAUGUUAUUAAUUGGCGUUUCCUUGACGACAGCUAUCAUGCUGUGGUUGGCAAGGAACUAAUAAGUUCGUGUAAGCCGCUUCGAAAGAAUCCUGAUUAUGACUUUAUCAUGAAAAAACCAUCAUCAAACGAAUUUAACAUGAUAAAGUUAGGAAGUAUUUCAAGUCUUGAGGCUUUCACAAUAACAACCUGGUUAAAACACGAAGAGAGGACGCAAUAUGACUCCAAAUCUAUGGAAUAUGUUGAUUACAGGAGUGCUAACGGAACAAAGUUGGUAUCACUUUAUUUUACUGCAGAAUAUUUCAUCUUGAAAAUAAUCGGCACUUUUGCAAGGCAAGUUUUUCUGACAAAUAAUUUUGUCUUAAUAAUCCCUUUGGUAUUUUCUGUUGAAACGCCAUUAGACUGA